AUGAACAGCAGAUGCCCUGGUGGUGAGAAGGGGAGGGUGCCGUGGACGCGGGCGGCGCUCCGGUGUCGGGGGAGGGCGCUGGCCGGGCCGGCGGGGCCGGCCAAUUCCGACGGUGGCCAGGGGAGGGAGGGGGCCAGGCGCGCGGGCGGGGGCGGCCGGCGGCGGGCGGUAGCCAGUCGCGGGAGAGGCCGGGGCGCCGGGGCCGGGGGACGACACGGCGCGGGGCAGGUCACGGGCGGGGACGGGGCGCCGGUGCCGGGGGACGGCGGGGCGCGGGGCAGGUCGCGGGUGGAGACAGGGCGCCGGGGCCGGGGGAACGCGGGGCGGGGCAGGUCGCGGGCGGGGACGGGGCACCGGUGCCGGGGGAGGUGA